AGACAAGUCCAUAGCACCUACCACCUGUAACUUUACUGGAUUCCCACGUCCCUCCUGCGAAGCCUCCCUGUUUCCGCGACACGUAGGUGCAACUUUGGUGCAACUUCGAGGCAGCCAGCCAAUCUUGGGAGCUACAUCCCAAGAAGGCUUUCCGCUUCUCAUCGUAUAUCGUACACAGCGUACACAUCGUACACCGUACACAUUCGUUCCACCUGCUAAAGCCCAGGGCUUUUAUUUUCCACGACUGACUUUAUUUUUGUUUCUUCAACACGAGUCUCGUCUCACGGCAUCUGCAGAAUGCGAAUAGUCGCUUAUUCUCUGUGGCACCCAUCUUUUAGUUAACACUCCGCCCUUUUUUCGCGUUCCUUGCGACUAUCUCCCUCCACUCUUACCUACCUCAUAUAUACGCUAUCGAGGAAUCUAUAGCUUAUUCUAUAACCUUUAUUUUUUACUUUCUAAUACGCCAUCCCGCCUUGCUUACGCUUUGACGUUCGCCGGCCGAACCGUAUCCCCUGACGGCCGACGCUACUCGAUAUAUUCUAUCAACGUCCACCCGGGCCGCGUUGACUCACCCCCUUACUUGCUUGCUUACCUCUGAGCAUCUACAUACACCACCCGCUUCCUCUACAUCGCUUAAUCAUGGUUUCCGACGAAACGUUCGAGAUAUGCCUUCCUGUCCUGCAGGACCCGAACCUUGACGACGAUGACAAGACGGACAAGAUCGAAGAGCUUCUGAAAAAUGAGACCCCCUUGAACGGCUCGUCUCUAGAGAAUGCAGUGCUCGACGUGCUAUGGCGAUACCGCGAGGGGGGAGGUAGUGCGACCUCACCUCCCCCCAUACGACAGACCAUCCUUCGCCGGCCUUCUCCAGCCUCAUGGCGGGGUUCGUCGACUCCUUUGUCAGGCUCUCCUCGGUUAGGAGUGAGCCCCCUGGCCCCGCCAGGCUUUGUUCCGACGAGCCUUAGCCGGACCAAGUCUUCCACUGUAUCGCCCUUCUCAUCUCCGCGUCCAUCUCCGCGACUCGCGUUCUCGGCGCCGAUAAUACCCCACAGCCCGAAUCUAAAUGCUUACGAAUUUGCCAAUGAUACGAGUCCCUCUCAAGAAAUAUUUGGUGACCUGCAGACUGAAAAUGUUGACUGGUUAGUGAGUGAUGAUGCACUCAGUAUUGCUUCCUCCGUGGGCACAUCUAGUGGCCUCAACGCCGCAGCCCCUGAAUACGUGUCUGCCCAACAGACGGAUAUGACACCAUAUGAUAUGCUCCGCUCGAUUCUCGGGCAAUCCAAGACCGAUGAAGAGAUCGAACUAGCUCUUUCUAUGCAUGGUUACGAUCUCAGUGCUACUAUUGCAUCUAUAAUGGAGUCUCAAAGCCAAGACUCGACGAAUGUUGCAGGACUUACUCCUGAAUCGAAGAGUGUACUAAUCGGCAAAUCUAUGACACCAGAUGGGAGACCUGCAACGCCAUCAGCUCAGGGGAAAGCUGGCAUCAUCUGCAAAUUCUACCUAUCUACUGGCCAAUGCCUUCGGGCAGACUGUCGAUUCAGUCACGAUCUCAGCAAUCAUCUUUGCAAGUAUUGGGUUACGGGCAACUGCUUGGCCGGGGACACGUGCAUUUUCUCCCAUGACCCAGCCCAUCUCGUAAACCGCCUCAACGUGGAUGAAAAUGGCACGCCGCAGAAAAACCAGAAUCUACAGGUUCAAGAUUUUAGCUCGUUCCCGUCUCUACGGCCAGGCACUCCGGAAUUGAACCCUUAUGCUGCUAGUUUUAACUAUCCAACCUCUGGAGUAACACCCCCACCCGGGUUGAAACCCUACGGAGGUAAUGAUAACUCUCGCCCUCGCUCGCGGCCUGGGAGUCGGCAUCAGGCGAAAGAAGGCAUGAGCGCACCGCCAAUAGACGAUAACGACGCAUUCCCCUCUCUUGGGUCCGCUUCUGCUAAACCUAACAAAAAACACCAUGGCAAGCGUGGUGGGCAUGGCCAUGGUCAUAAAGAGAACUUCACUCCAAGCUCUCUUGCUGAUAUCGUAAAAAUGUCGCCAUCUCCUUCACCUGGACCCGGAUCCGGGUCUAGCCGACAAGAAUCGAAGAAGCUUGGCCGCAAUGGAAGUUCUACUAAUAUCAAGAAUGGGGAAAACAGUGUUGCCGCUCAGGCUAUCCCCAUGCCCAAGCACAUUCCGUGGCUAGAGACGGGAGAUAAGGCAAACAAAGCUUACCUGAAGGCUCGUCAGGAGGCCAUCAAGCAUGGUGGCCUCCGAAACAAGUUCUUACAGAGUGCUGCACAGGCUUGGAACCGUAACGAUGCUCGAGCGGCGAAGGCUCUUAGUCUCCGGGGUCAAAGCGAGAAUGACCUUAUGCGAAAAGCUCACCGGGAAGCUGCGCGGGAGUUGUACGAGGAGCGCAACAAGCAAAACUCGCCUAAUGCGGAGAUCUUUAUAGACCUACACGGCCUCCACCCGGAUGAGGCUGUCGAGUAUCUCGAGAGAGUUCUCCUAGAUAACAGUAAGGAAAUUCGACCCGUGUACGCCAUUACCGGAACCGGACAUCACAGCAAGAACGGGAAAGACAAGGUGGGUAAGGCUAUCAGGAACUUCCUUAACGAGUGGAGAUAUGCGUACCGUGAGUUCUCGGUUCCCGGGGACCGGAACAACAUGGGAGGCAUUCUUGGGAUCGACGCUAGAAGCUGGGACAAGUCUCUUGCAAGAGAGGGCUCGAAAGAGAAAGAGGAAUCGAAAGAGGACGUUGACAUCCUAAGCCAAGGAGUUGAAAUUGGGGAUGGAAAGGUUAGGCUCCUUGUCCGCGAUCCUCCGAAGGGACCUAGUAAUAGGGGACGGUGACUAGUAGCAGAUAAUAUAGUGAAUAAAGCAAGUUGAAAUCUUUCUUA